AUUCACUUCCGGCGUGUGUUCAGCUCCUUGCUCUCGACUGUUAAUGGCGGGCGGUGGUAACUGAGCGGGACGCAGGUAACCGCUGCCGGCCCCGCGGACGUCUCCCCGGGCCCCCGCUUUGUGCACGUCGCCAGUAUCGGAGCUGAUCAGCAUGUCUGUGGUGCCGCCCAAUCGAUCGCAGACGGGCUGGCCCCGGGGGGUCAACCAAUUCGGCAACAAGUACAUUCAGCAGACCAAGCCCCUCACCCUGGAGCGCACCAUUAACCUGUACCCGCUUACCAAUUACACUUUCGGUACAAAGGAGCCCCUCUAUGAGAAGGACAGCUCUGUUGCAGCCAGAUUUCAGCGCAUGAGGGAGGAAUUUGAUAAGAUUGGGAUGAGAAGGACUGUAGAAGGGGUUCUGAUCGUACAUGAGCACCGCCUACCCCAUGUGUUACUGCUGCAGCUGGGAACAACGUUUUUCAAAUUACCUGGUGGUGAGCUUAACCCAGGAGAAGAUGAAGUCGAAGGACUAAAACGCUUGAUGACAGAGAUACUGGGUCGUCAAGAUGGAGUCCUGCAAGACUGGGUCAUUGAUGACUGCAUUGGGAACUGGUGGAGACCAAAUUUUGAACCUCCUCAGUAUCCGUAUAUUCCUGCACAUAUAACAAAGCCCAAGGAACAUAAGAAGUUGUUUCUGGUUCAGCUUCAAGAGAAAGCUUUGUUUGCAGUGCCUAAAAAUUACAAGCUGGUAGCUGCACCAUUGUUUGAACUGUAUGACAACGCACCGGGAUAUGGACCCAUCAUUUCCAGUCUUCCUCAGCUGUUGAGCAGGUUCAACUUUAUAUACAACUGAAUUCCUGUACACAGAAAUAAAAGAAGCCGUCUCUGUGAGCACAGCUUACACAUGUAGAAGAAUAACUGUAGAACAAGUUUUGGUUUUCUCUUGUUCCCUAAAUUGCCACCACCUUCUUGUUUGAAGAGUAAAGUUACUAUGAACUAGAUAGUGGUGUAAACAUGUGACAGUGUCCCUUAACUUUUGGUUCUACUCAUACAUUUUUUUGUACAUUAAAGAAAGUGAAUUUCUUAUUUGUAUUUUUUUUUUUUUUUAAGUUUCUCAUUAAACUCUGAAAAGUCUUACAGCUGAGGAUCCUUUUUUCCCUGCUUUAGACUGGGGAAUGUUAAACCAUGAUCAUGGUUUAGAUAAGGUGAGAUUAUGGGCCCUUUGCUCCAGUAGCGUAUGCAUAUGGUCCUUGACUGUUAGAGGUGUUGGUAAUAAGGACUUUCCAUUACUACUUUGGGGAAAUAAUUUAUCUGAUUAAGUCCAAGGUGAAGUGUGUACCAAACUACACUCUUUUACAAAGAAUCCCCAGUAUAUUAUCUGACGAGUAUAUUUUAUAAAAAUCUCUAGGCCUUACUUCACAAGUCAAGACAUUAACAUUUGGGAAACCAUUAAGAAUAGGUAAGCUGAAAACAUUGGAAUUGAUAUAAAAAGAGGUCUAUCUAGAACUCAUUGCAGUAUUUUGCUUCAUAUAACAGGAUAGUGUUUUAUCUGCACUGCUGUGAAACUGCUUCUUACUGAGUGAGACAUGACAAAACCACAUGAGGUUUUAAACUCUCAGAUUACAGAGUUACAGUUGUAGGAAUCUUAGGUGUUGUAUACAUAAUGAUAAAAAUCAUGAUUUUAAGUAAGCAGCAAAGCUUUUUCAAAGUACUUUAGAAUAACUGGGUAUGUUGGUACAUGCCUAUAAUCCCAGCAUCUGGGUGCCUAAUGCCAGAGGAUCAAGAGUCCCCGUAUAGCUGAGAUUUUUAGCACGUCCCUACCUCAAAAAUAGAAACAAAGGAAUAGUCUGAAUCAACUGGAUUCUAGAGGUCAGGACAGGUUUUGUCAGCCUAAGGAAAACAGCAACUUUAAACUUGUAAUACACUGCCUGCACAGUUAGGAUGAAAUUAAGGGAGUAAGGUUUCAGGACAAAGGUGGUUGAGAGUGGAGGCACACAUCUUUGAUCCCAGCACUCUAGAGGUGAAGGCCAGCAGAUCUCUGGAGUUCCAGGCCAGCUAUGGGUACAUAGUGAGACCCUAUCUCAACAAAGUUUUAAGACUGGAGAGUUGCUUUUGCAUAGGACUUGGACUUUGGUUCUAAGCACCCACGUGGUGGCUCACAGCCAUCUGUAAUUCCAGUCUCAGAGGAUCUGACAUGGCUGACCUUUGGCACCAGGCUUGCAUGUGGUACAUAUAUUUACACGAAGGUAAAAACACUCAUAAAAAUAAUGGGUAAAGGACUUGGCUGAUUGUGUCAUUGUGUUCACUACAGUUGCUUUAUUGCAGACUUGUUGGCUGUAGGCUUAAUGUAAUGAAAGAAAAGUUACAAGAGGUAGCCAGUUUAACACUUUUAAUAGGCAGAAAUAAGCUUGAUUAGUUCUUACACUUCUAUGCUGUCUGCCAUGAGGUAUGUCUCCUGAAUAUUGGCCAAGAGCAAAUGUAAACAUAUUCUUGUUUAGCUUUGACAGUUAGGUCAAGUAUGACUGAGGAAUUAACCUCAUUCCAGUUUAUUUGGCGUCAUCUGUAGUGUCUAAUCAUGCCCAUGCUUUGUAAGCACUAGUCUUCAUAUCCAAGAGUGACAACUGUUGUCCUCCGAAAAGCCACUAAUUCCCUGAAGAUGCCUCUCUUACUGGGGCCAACAGUUUUGCCCCAGUAGUUUAUGUAAGCAUAUUCCUAAUUUAGCACGGGUUUCUUAGGAGUCCAGCUAAUCCUUCAGAUUUGGGAGGGUAGACAGGGAGCUAGGCUGACUGUGCUCAUCUUCUGCUCUUGGCCACUAGAGAGAGAUGCAACAGCACCUGGCUUCCACUGCUAGUGUUGAUGUUCUGAGAAAGUGGAGAGACGUGAAUGUCCUACCUACCUGAGAUUCACAGAGUGCUGUCAGAAAGCAGUGCUUGAGUUGAAGAGUCAGUUCUGAUCUACUCUUGCCUUUUGUAACUUAAGCUUUGACUCAAAUUCUUUCAACUGUAAGUGCUUCAACCAGUCAUUAAUAUUCUGAGACCUUUGAUUUAAGUUACCCGCUGUUCUAACCAUCAGAUGUAAGGGGAUUAGUUUUAAAACAGAAUAUUCCUGUCACAUAAACCCAAAGUUUUAAAGCUUUUUGGUAAUUACAGUUGGAUCUCAAUACUCUUGUUUCCUGGUAACAGAUGAAUUAGAGAGGUAUAAAUUAUAUGUCUUCUUUCAGGCAUUCAAAGAGAGCACAGGUGUUAAGGAUUUUUUGAUAUGUAACAUCACUCUUAAGAUUUAAGUCUUCGAGGGUCACUCUAACCAUGUAUAUUCUAAAUAUUGGAGAAUAUUAAAAUAAGCCCUUGAAGAACUUGACAUUUUAAAACUAAAUGUUUCUUACAAAUGAAAGCCCUCUUGCAUUAUUUUCUUAUUAAUGCUAGUAAAGGGAGAAAAUGAAAAAGUUUAUUCAAUUGUUGAAAGCCCUUUGGGAGUAUUGAAAAAAAAGUCUCAAUUGAUGGAAGAAAAUUGUGAAUUUUUUUUUUUUUUAAGAGUAGGCAACACUAAUCAGUGGAAGUGCAUGCAGACUUUUAAUCCCAGCAUUUGGGAGGCAGAGACAGCGGGGUCUCAGAGUUAGAGGCUAGCUUGCAGCCUGGUCUACAAAGCAAGGUUUAAGAGAGCCACAGCUACACAGAAAAACCCUGUCUUAAGAUCACACCCUCUGCCAAAAAUUUAGGCAACACUUAAACGACACAGAUUCUAUACAUUAGUUUGAAUUUUAAAAAAAGUCUGGGUGUGAUGCUUUCAUGUGCAUCUGUGUAACAUGUGUGUACAGUGUCCAUGGAGGCCAGAAGAGGGUGUCAUCUCCUGGGACUGGAGUCAGACUUGGGUCGGUAUUGGGAAUCUAAAUUCCUGUUCCCUGAAGAGCAGCCAGCAGUUAGUGUUCUUAACUGCUGGGCCAAGUCUCUACCUCCUCCUGGUUCUUUAAGGUGGCCAUUCUCUCUCAAGGGCACCUUACCUCGUUCCUGCGUGGUGAUCUGUCCCAAGCUGAGGCUGUCAUCCGCUCAACUCUUCUCUGGGCUUAGGUCUGUCGUACCCAUUGAACUUGCUGUUCCGCAAUCCAGGCUGGCUGCAAGUGUGAUAGUGAUGUAUUUUUGUGCCUUCAGCUCCCCGAACUUAAAAGUUUUUACUCAUUCUUAGUGUUUGGAAUGGUAUGUGGGUUGCUGACCGCUGCAGAGAAUUUUCAGUUUUCUAUUAAAGAAGCUUAGCUUUUGUAACUUAAGAUUAGAUUUUCUAACACAUUCCACUUGUUUUCUAUCACUUACUUGGGUUAAACUGGGCUCACUUGUUUGUCUCAGUUUAAAUACAAGCUGUAAUUCAGCUGGAACAAUUAAACUCACCUUAGUAUUAACUCAUAUAACACACAAGGUUAUUUUGGGGGGGG